AUGAACGCGACCUAUCUGCCGUCGAAUGCCGCCGGUGGCUCUGCCGGCACGGUGGUGCAGGGCUCAGGCGAUGUGCCUUUGAUGCAGCCUACUGCGAAAGGCGCCAGCAACCCGUCGCGCGUGUGCUACUUUUUUGACUCGGAUAUUGGCAACUACCACUAUGGUCCCGGCCAUCCCAUGAAGCCGACGCGUAUCCGCAUGUGCCAUUCGCUUGUGAUGAACUAUGGCUUGUACAAGAAAAUGGAGAUCUUUCGCGCGAAACCGGCGACGAAGCGGGAAAUGUCGCAGUUCCACACGGAUGACUAUGUCGACUUUUUGCACCGCGUGACGCCCGACAAUGUCGAUGCGUAUGUGCGCGAGCAGGCCAAGUACAAUGUCGGCGACGACUGCCCCGUCUUUGACGGCCUCUUUGAGUACUGCUCGAUUUCGGCCGGCGGCUCGAUGGAAGGCGCCGCGCGACUUUCGCGCGACAAGUGCGACAUCGCGGUGAACUGGGCCGGUGGCCUGCACCACGCCAAGAAGGGUGAGGCGAGCGGAUUCUGCUACAUUAACGACAUCGUGCUGGGCAUUCUCGAGCUGUUGCGCUACCAUCCUCGUGUUCUCUAUAUUGAUAUCGACGUGCACCACGGCGACGGUGUCGAGGAGGCCUUCUAUACGACCGACCGUGUGAUGACCUGUUCCUUCCACAAGUACGGCGAGUUCUUCCCGGGCACGGGUGAGCUGCGCGACACGGGCUACGGCAACGGCAAGAACUACGCCUGCAACUUCCCGCUGCGCGACGGCAUCACGGACGAGACGUACAAGAGCGUCUUUGAGCCGGUGAUUCAGCGCAUCAUGGAGCAGUACCAGCCCUCGGCGGUGGUGCUCCAGUGCGGCUCGGACUCGCUCUCCGGCGACAAGCUCGGCUGCUUCAACCUCUCGAUGCGCGGCCACGCAAGCUGUGUUGAAUUCGUCAAGAGCUUCGGCCUGCCGCUCCUCCUCCUUGGCGGCGGCGGCUACACGAUGCGCAACGUGAGCCGUGCGUGGGCCUACGAAACGGGUCUCGCCGCGGGCCAGGAACUGAACCCGAUCGUGCCGGUGAACGAGUACUACGAGUACUUUGGGCCAGACUACCGCCUGGACGUGCGCCCGAGCAACAUGGAAAACCUCAACACGCCCGAGUACCUCAACAAGGUCAAGGAGCAAGUGUUUGAAAACCUGCGCCAUCUCGCCCCAGCGCCGUCCGUGCAGGGCCACGUCGAGCCUAGGCUCGCUCACGAUAUGGCGCUCGACGACGAGGACGAUGAGGGAGACGAUCCCGAUCUGCGUGCAAGCCAGAUCCAGCGUCUGCGCGACAAGCGCAUUCAGCGCAACACGGAUCUGAGCGACUCGGAAGACGAGGGUGAGGGCGGACGGCGCAACACGCACUCGUACAAGGAGACGCAACCGGUGCAGCCCGCACAGCCCGCGCAGCCCGCGCAGCCCGCGCAGCAUGCGAUGGACGUCGACGUGGAGCAAAAGGCGCCGGCACCCGAGGCGCCUGUGCACGAAGCGCCCCAGGCCUCGGCGCCGGCGCCUGCACCGGUGGCCCCCGCGCCGGCCCCAGAAACGCAGGCGGCGCAGCCUCCCGCGGCUCCGCAGCCCUCGACGGCCGCUCCGGCCACGGCGCCGGCCGCCACAGAGUCUUUGCCGGCUGCUGUCCCUGCGCCGGCCCCUGCCGCCCAAGAACCUACGCAUACCCCCUCGGGCGCGGAUCCAUCGUUGUAG